AUGCUUGUGCAGAGGGUCCCAGAUAAGUUUGUGAGUAAAUUCAAGGAUGAGCUUUCGGUUGCGGUUGCACUCACAGUACCUGAUGGUCAUGUUUGGCGUGUAGGACUAAGGAAAGCAGAGAACAAAAUCUGGUUCCAAGAUGGUUGGCAAGAGUUUGUUGACCGUUACUCCAUUCGCAUUGGUUACCUUUUGAUUUUUAGAUACGAAGGAAACUCUGCCUUCAGCGUCUACAUCUUCAACCUAACCCACUCCGAGAUCAACUACCACUCGACCGGUCUCAUGGACUCCGCACACAACCACUUCAAACGCGCCCGUUUGUUCGAAGACCUUGAAGAUGAAGAUGCUGAGGUCAUGUAUCCUUUAUCCGUCUACCCAUCACCGCUUCCUGAUUCUUCUGUACCGGCCAAUAAAGGGUAUACCGGUUCAGCCAUCCAAACCUUGUUCACUGGACCUGUCGUCAAAGCUGAAGAGACAACGCCAACCCCAAAAGUUCCGAAAAAGAGAGGGAGGAAAAAGAAAAACGCUGAUCCUGAGGAAAUAAACUCAUCUGCUCCGCGAGAUGAUGACCCAGAGAACCGUUCAAAGUUCUACGAGAGUGCUUCUGCGAGAAAGAGAACCGUGACUGCAGAAGAGAGAGAGAGGGCCAUCAAUGCCGCCAAAACUUUCGAGCCAACAAACCCUUUCUUUAGAGUUGUUCUGCGACCAUCCUAUCUAUACAGAGGUUGCAUCAUGUAUCUGCCUUCUGGUUUUGCUGAGAAGUACCUAAGUGGGAUCUCCGGAUUCAUCAAGGUCCAGCUCGCGGAGAAACAAUGGCCCGUGCGGUGCCUAUACAAAGCCGGGAGAGCCAAAUUCAGCCAAGGAUGGUACGAGUUCACUCUCGAGAACAACCUAGGAGAAGAAUCAGAUUUGGCGCGUAUGAGCUCUGUUUUUCCUGGACCAAGAUUUUUGUCCUUGUUGCACCAGAAUUCGAAAUCAGUGAUUCAAGCUAAGCAAAUCCAUGCUCAGUUGGUGAUUAAUGGCUGCCGAGACAACUCUCUGAUCGGCAAACUCAUAGGCCAUUACUGUUCGAAGCAGCCAUCUCCAGAAAGCUCAAAGCUUGCUCAUUUACUGGUGUUCCCUCGAUUCGGUCACGGCGACAAGUUUCUCUUCAACACAUUGCUUAAAUGCAGCAAACCAGAUGACUCGAUUCGGAUUUUCGCCAGCUGGGCAUCGAAAAGCUCGUUGCUUCAUCUCAACGAGCGCACGUUCGUCUUCCUGCUCGGCGCUUGCGCCAGGUCAGCUUCCUCGGAAUCGGCGUUGCGGGUUGGGAGGAUUGUUCAUGGGAUGGUGACGGGUUUGCUCGAAAUCGGUUCUCUUGUUCAUGGUUACAUAGAAAAACUCGGUUUCACACCUGAAGUCGAUGUCUUUGUUGGUACUGGACUUGUCGACAUGUACACAAAAUGCGGCUGCUUGAACAGCGCUUCCUCUGUGUUCGAGCUAAUGGAAAUGAAGAAUGUCUUUACAUGGACUUCAAUGGCAAUGGGGCUAGCUCUCAACGGAAGAGGGAACGAAACACCGAAUCUUCUAAACCGGAUGGUGGCAUCUGGGAUUAAACCGAACGAGAAAACUUUCACUAGCUUGCUUUCGGCAUAUUGUCAUGUAGGUCAUGUUCAAGAAGGACUCGAGUUGUUUCAGAGCAUGAGGACAAGAUUUGGUGUCACUCCUGUUAUUCAACACUACGGGUGCAUAGUAGAUCUUCUCGGUAAAGCCGGGCGGUUACAAGAAGCCUAUGAGUUUGUAUCAGCUAUGCCUAUCAAACCCGACGCUAUCUUGUUAAGAAGUCUCCGCGACGCCUGCAACAUCUAUGGUGAGACUGUGAUGGGUGAAGAGAUGGGAAAGGCUCUUCUCGAGAUAGAACGAGAGGAGAAGAAGCUGUCUGGUUCUGAAUGCGAAGACUAUGUCGCUUUGUCGAAUGUGUUAGCUUCUAAAGGGAAAUGGGUAGAGGUAGAGAAGCUGAGGAAUGAGAUGAAAGAAAGAAGAAUCAGAACAAGACCUGGUUACAGUUUUGUUUAA